CGCUUUGCAGCCCGCUUCUUCUUAAUUAUUAUUAAAAAAUAAAAACUAAAACUCAUUAGAUUAGCAAGUAAAUUUGAAGUGGAAAAAGUAGUUCGCAAGUGAUAAGCAAAUAUAAAGAAAUUGUUAACAAAUUCAACUGUUUUGAGAGUGUGUUAAAUAGUCAAAAUUACAAAGUGCACAAAAAUGAAUUCGAAUCUGCGCAUCGCGAUUAUUGGUCAAAGCAAUUUUGCUGCUGAUGUGUUGGAGCUCAUUUUGGAGCGUUCGAGGUUCCAAGUAGUGGGCGUGUUUACCAUACCGGACAAGGGCAGCCGAGAGGAUGUCUUGGCUACCACAGCUGCCAACCACAAUAUACCCGUCUUUAAGUUUGCCAGCUGGCGACGCAAGGGCAUCGCUCUGCCCGAGGUGUUGGAACAGUAUAAGUCCGUGAAGGCAGAGUUGAAUGUGCUGCCCUUUUGCUCACAGUUCAUACCAAUGGAGGUGAUUGAUGGCGCUAGUUUGGGCAGCAUUUGCUAUCAUCCAUCCAUAUUGCCUCGGCAUCGUGGUGCCAGUGCCAUAUCGUGGACACUCAUCGAGGGCGAUGAGGUCGCUGGCUUCAGCAUUUUCUGGGCUGAUGAUGGCUUGGACACGGGACCAUUGCUGCUGCAGCGCCAAACGAAUCUCGAGCCCACAGACACCUUGGACACCAUCUAUAAGAGAUUCCUUUACCCAGAGGGCGUAAAGGCCAUGGGCUUGGCUGUGGACAUGGUAGCCAAUGGCACAGCGCCGAAGAUAGUGCAAACCGAGGUGGGCGCCACCUAUGAUCCAGCCAUGUUUAAGGCAGAGAAUCAACGGCUGUGCCUCGAUCAGUCAGCUAAGCGCAUUUGGAAUUUCGUGCGCGGCUUGGACUCAGUGCCGGGAGCCAUAGCCACAGUGGUGCUCGACGAUGGCACUGAGGAGCAGGUGCGUUUCUUUGGAGCACAUCUCUAUUCCGCUGGACCCGUCAAAAAUGGCAAACCCUUGAAGCUGGUUGGCUUGGCGAAGCCCGCCUGGGUGCAUGAGGGCGGCCUCCUGAUCGAGGGCACCGAUGGCGCCUUCGUCAAUGUGCGCCGCAUCAAGCGCGGCACCAAAAUGAUCAACGCCAGCGAUUGGUUCAAGCAGGCUGAGCAUCAGCCCAUAACAGACUUCAGCGAGGAUGAGCUGGCCAAGAAGGCGCAGCUAUCGAGCAUAUGGCAGGCCAUAUUGAAGGCCCCCAUUGAAGGAGCCACAGAUUUCUUUGCCGCUGGCGCUGGCUCAAUGGAUGUGGUGCGUCUGGUCGAGGAGGUCAAGGAUGCAUUCGAUGUGCCGCUGGAGAACGAGCACGUGUUUAUGGCGCCGGUCUUCGACGAGUUCUUCGACCUGCUCAUUCGCACCUUGCGCGAAGGUAGCGGCGGUGCCGGCGGGAAGCAGGUGGAGUACCAGGGCUUCCAGCUCAAGGCAAACAAACGCGACAUACGCGUGCCCACACAGCUCUUCAUCAACGGCGAAUUCGUGGAUGCUGAGGAGCAACGCGUGCUGGAUAUUAUAAAUCCAAGCGAUGAGCAGCUGCUCUGCAAGGUGGCCUGUGCCAGCCCCAACGACGUGGACAAGGCGGUGCAGGCCGCGCACAAGGCGUUCUUUGGCUCGUGGAAACAGGUAUCAGCCAGGCAGCGCGGCCAACUCAUGUUGAAGUUGGCGGACCUGAUGGAGCAGCACAAGGAGGACUUGGCUACCAUCGAAUCGGUUGACUCUGGCGCUGUUUACACUCUGGCGCUGAAGACACACAUCGGCAUGUCCAUCGAUGCCUGGCGCUACUUCGCCGGCUGGUGCGAUAAGAUACAGGGCAAUACGAUACCCGUGAACCCCGCUAGACCCAACAAUGUUUUGACUUUUACGCGCAAGGAACCGAUUGGAGUCUGUGGCCUGGUUACACCAUGGAAUUACCCCUUGAUGAUGCUCUCCUGGAAAAUGGCUGCGUGCAUAGCGGCUGGCAACACCUGCCUGAUUAAGCCGGCGCAAACUUGCCCCUUGACAGCUCUGAAGUUUGCCGAGCUGACAGUCUUGGCUGGCUUUCCUGCUGGAGUCAUCAAUGUUCUACCUGGCAAAGGCUCCGAUGCGGGUCAGGCUGUUGCCGACCAUCACUUGGUGCGCAAAUUGGGCUUCACGGGCUCCACGCCCAUUGGCAAACAUAUUAUGAAAUCCUGCGCCGACUCCAAUUUGAAGAAAUGUUCGCUGGAGCUGGGCGGCAAGAGUCCUUUGGUCAUAUUCGCUGACUGCGACCUGGACAAGGCUGUGAAGCAUGGCAUGUCUUCAGUCUUCUUUAACAAAGGUGAAAACUGCAUUGCCGCUGGGCGUCUCUUCGUGGAGGAUCGCAUUCAUGAUGAGUUCGUGCGCCGUGUGCUGAAGGAUCUGCGCUCCAUGACCAUUGGAGAUCCGCUGAAUCGUUCCACAGCACAUGGACCACAGAACCACAAAGCUCACAUGGAUAAGCUGGUGGAAUACUGCCAACAAGGUGUCGCCGAGGGCGCUAAGCUUGUCUAUGGCGGCUGUCGUGUGCCCAAUAUGAAGGGCUAUUUCUUUACACCCACCGUCUUCACAGAUGUCGAGGAUGAUAUGUACAUAGCAAAAGAGGAGUCCUUCGGUCCCAUCAUGAUCAUAUCCAAGUUCAAUGGCAGCGACGUCGACUCGGUAAUGGCGCGCGCCAAUCGCUCUGAAUACGGCUUGGCCAGCGGCGUCUUCACCAAGGACAUUAGCAAGGCACUUAGCUUUGCCGAUCGCAUUGAGGCUGGCACCGUCUUCGUCAAUGUCUAUAAUAAAACGGAUGUGGCUGCUCCAUUUGGCGGCUUCAAGCAGAGCGGCUUUGGCAAGGAUCUCGGCCAGGAGGCGCUCAACGAGUAUCUGAAGACCAAGUGUGUUACCAUCGAGUACUGAAGAGAAAAUAAGUGUAAAAAAUUCACAAUAUUCUAUUAAUAGAGCACAAAAGACUUAACCCAGUUAAAUAUUAGCUUACAUAUUGCAUAAU